UUCCUAAGAUUUGGAUUCUUCUCUCUACCUUUAAUAUUAGACCAGUCAUUAAGGGCAUCACCAACCACUACAAUAUUGUAGUACAAAUAUAUAGGAAGAUACCUUGGACUCCCCACAUUCAAGGUGGUGAGAAGAUCACUGAACUCAUCACUUAAUCCCACAUAUUCAAGGUAGUGAUCACUCCUUUUAGUGCAAGAAUGGUUGCAUCAUCACCACCCCGUCCAAAGGAAGUUUGUUUCGAGGAAGAGUGGUCAAAAGAUGGCCCCCCUCGUGAAGCCAAAUGGUGGUACUCAGCCUUCCACAAUGUCACAGCCAUGGUUGGAGCAGGUGUUCUCAGCCUGCCAUACGCCAUGGCCUACUUAGGCUGGGGGCCAGGAGCAACUGUGCUGAUAUUGUCAUGGUGCAUCACCUUGUACACGAUAUGGCAGAUGAUACAGCUCCAUGAAUGUGUUCCUGGGACUCGCUUUGAUCGCUACUAUGAACUCGGCCAGCACGCCUUCGGCCCAAAACUGGGGCCAUGGAUUGUGCUCCCUCAGCAGCUCAUCGUCCAGGUGGGGUGUGACAUUGUCUACAUGGUCACUGGGGGGAAGUGUCUCCAGAAGUUCAUGGAGAUAGCCUGCACCAACUGCACCAGACUUCGCUCAUCACUCUGGAUUUGCAUCUUUGGUUCCCUCCACUUCUUCCUGUCUCAGCUCCCUAAUUUCAACUCUGUUGCUGGUGUUUCUUUAGCUGCAGCGAUCAUGUCCCUUAGUUAUUCAACGAUAUCUUGGGCUGGUUGUUUGGGUCGAGGACGGAUUGAGAAUGUGAGCUAUGCAUACAAGAAAACCAGCUCCCUUGAUUAUAUGUUUCGGGUGUUCAAUGCGCUGGGACAGAUCUCGUUUGCCUUUGCCGGUCAUGGGGUUGUCCUUGAGAUUCAAGCAACAAUUCCAUCGACGCCGGAGAAGCCAUCAAGGGUUCCAAUGUGGAAAGGUGCUAUGACUGCAUACUUCAUCACAGCAAUUUGCUACUUCCCAACGGCAUUCAUAGGCUACUGGGCGUUCGGCCAAGACGUGGAUGAUAAUCUGCUGAUGGCCCUUCAACGACCAGAAUGGCUCAUAGCUGCAGCUAACCUGAUGGUGGUAAUCCAUGUCAUUGGUAGCUACCAGGUAUAUGCCAUGCCGGUCUUCGAUAUGCUUGAGAAGAUAAUGAUAAGGCGCUUCAACAUUCCACCAGGAUUUCCACUUCGACUCGUCACUCGAUCCACUUAUGUUGCACUUACGCUAUUCGUUGGUGUCACCUUCCCAUUCUUUGGCGAUCUUUUGGGUUUCUUUGGUGGAUUUGGCUUUGCUCCAACUUCAUAUUUUCUUCCUUGCAUAAUGUGGCUGGCAAUCAAGAAGCCCAGGAGAUUCAGUCGUUCAUGGCUAAUCAAUUGGGCGUGCAUAUUCGUGGGUUUAUUCAUCAUGUUUGCAUCAACCAUUGGCGGGUUGCGGAAUAUCAUCAUCGACUCCUCCACAUAUAGUUUCUACUCAUGAAUCAAUGACAAUUAAAGAAAAAAAAAUGAACUUGUUAACUUGUUGUGAAGAGGGAAAUUCAAUAAAAUUAUCUGGGUAUAUUUUCUUCAUGAUCA